AUGGAUAGGAAUGGUUGGAGUGAAUACUUGAAGAAGCAAAGACUUCAGGAUUUAAAAUCUCUAGCAAAGCAAUUAGGCAUUUAUAUUAAAUCCAAUACAAAAAAAAGUGACUGUAUCGACAUAAUAUUAAAUAAUUCGCCCGAUCAUCUUUUAAAUUCAAAUAAUUUUAGUUGUGGAUCUAGAGAUAAACUUUCAGCUGAAAAACAAAAUUUUUCGCCUGAAACUUCAAUUUUACCCAACAAUGAACCUACAGAUUUAAAUACAGUUGAGAUAAAUGAGUAUUUCCAUUUAUUUUCAGGAAAUAUUCGAGAUUCAACCUGUUCAAUGUGCCAGCAAAACCUUUGUGGCAAUAUUGUUAAGUGCAACGCCUGUUACAGAACAUUUCACCCUCGUUGUGUAGGUUUUGAUAUAGAAAGAGCUGAAUUCAAUAAUAAUCACAUGAUGGUUUUCAUUGAAAGUAUAUCAAAAAAAGAGGGAAAGAAUAUCAAAGUUAAUUCAAUUAAUUUCAUUUGUCCAUUUUGUAGGUUCUUUGUGAUCGAUCCAUACAACAAAAUAAUUAAGCCACUUUUUUUUACGACUUUUUAUUCCUAUACUGCAAUUCACAACAUACAUCCAAAAUAUGGAAAUAUAAACUUUAAUAACUCAAACCAUCUUCCUCAUUUUACAUCUAAGUAUUCUUUUUCACCAAAUAUAUUUAUGAAUGAAGAUUUAGAAUCUAAUGAGUCAGAUAUUUAUAACAUUAUGGUUUAUUGUUUAAGACUUGACAGGAUGGAUCUUAAUCACGAGUUUCCUAGAAUUUUAUCUAUUAAAGCUAAUGGUAGAACAGUUCAAAACAUUGAAUCACCAAGUUACGACCACAUUAGAAGAGAUUGCCCAUUAUAUUUGAAAGAUUAUUUAGUUAAUAGUCAGCUUACAACGAAACAAAGCAUCAAUAUUUCGUUUAGUACAAUAAAUGCCUUAUUUAAAGACUCAGAAACUGAUGGGUUAUUACCCAUUCCUACAGCACCAUAUAUAAUUGGUUUAUUUUUGACUAAAACAAUUAGUUGCAAUAAUAUUCUGAGCAUGAUACUUUCUGAAAGUACAUUAUCGAUCGAAAUUUCAAAAUCUCACUUCAAAAACAUUCUAGAAAAUACUUUUCACUCGUCACCUAUAAAUAACCAGUUAUAUGAUGAAUCGUCAGAUGAAAUAAUUUGCUUGAAUAAAGAUCAAUAUUUAAAUACCUUAUGCCCUUUAACUAUGGAUACUAUUGAACUUCCUGGCCGUGGAACAUUCUGCCAUCAUAUAAAUUGUUUUGAUAUUAAAGCUUUUAUUCAGAUUAAUUCAACAAUUAAAGCUUUCAACACUAGAUGGAAAUGCCCAUUGUGCUAUCAGAUAAUCAGACCAAGUAUGCUCAAAGUCGAUAGUUUUGUCAAGAUGAUUAUAAACAACCCCAAUAUUCCCAGAGAAAACAACAAAAUUCGAAUAAAUUCGGGAAUUUUUGAUAAAAUUGAACAAAAUGAAAAUGUUUCUGAAGAAAUCUUCGUAAAAAAUUCGACGGACUCGAUUAAAAACGAAACUGCAAGAACUAACUCUUUAACUUCGCCAAUUAUCGAAUAUUUAAGUACGGCAAAAGAAGAAAUCUCUAAAGAUUCAGAUUCAUCUUUUUCAAACAAGAUAAAUGAGCGUUACGAUGCCAAAAACGAGAUAAUCAACAUUUCUGAUGACGAUGAUGAUGAAAAUGUGAUUGUCGAAGAUCAUUUUACUAUUAAUGAAGAUGAGCUCAAUUUGUUGCUCAGAAAUUCCAAGUAUAUAGAUAUAAAUACUGAGAAUAUGAAUCGUUCCGAAAAUAGCAAAGAAACAUUAAUUCAAGAAUAUAAUGAUGAUUCAAUUCAUUUGGACAACAGAAAAAAAAGAAAAGUUUCCGAGGAUCAAAUUCUUAAUCCAAAAUCUGCAAGGCCAACAAACCCUUCAAAUAGUAACAAGACAUCGAUAUCACUUAGAAUAUAA